GAAGAACACUCCAAGACAUCGUUGCAGGUCACUUUCAUUCCACGCCAAGACUCCCAGCGCAAAAGGCUCGCGCCCCUGCGCUCCGACCUCCACAGUCUCACCCAACAGUCCACGCUCCUACAACCACAAGUUGUCGUUGUGGUCACCUCUAUUACAGCAUUGGCCCAAGGUCCAUGAGACAAUAAUAAAGCACCGUCUACUAUCGAUAGUAGUCGACAACAAACAAGAUGUCGGCACCUAGUGGGAAAAGUGUCCUCAAUAGUCGAUUCUCUUAUCAACAUGGGACAUAUCAACCUCCUCCAACUUAUGCGGAGCAACAGAAUGAUGUGUUAGUAGACACGGCCAAGACACAGUACCAGGCAGAAGGCACGGCCAAUGCGGUCCUCACACAGAUGACGCAACAGCGGCAACAGCUUACUGAUGCACAUGAUAAUGUGUGGCACAUGCGGGAGGCCACCGACAGUGCCAAGCGAGAGCUGCAGGAACUGGAUAACAAGUACCGUGCCAAAAAGUUGCGGUUGUAUAUCAUGAUUGGGUCGAUGGGACUGGCAGAUCUGAUCUUGUUUCUACGGAUUGCCCAAUGUCGUGGAGGAUUCUUCUGUUGAAUUGAAUACAACUCCAUGAACGAUGCUGUGAUACAGUAGGUACUACAUUUAUUUUUGAUGCCUUGUUAUAUAUGACAGGUCCAAUGACCAUUGUUCGGGGGUGCAGCUAUGCAUACAGAUCUUGAAGAUCGCAUCUACAGCCCCCGUAGUAGAAGAAACCCAAUAUAGAAAAUCUUGUCAAUGACUUACUCGUACCGGUACAAUUUUACAAAACAAAUUUGCUAGCUAGGAAGA